CUCUGCUCUUCUACUCUUGCACCGCCGCCGUCCUUCAAAUGCGCCGCCACCUCAGUUACUGAGAAAGAUGAGAAGACCAAGUUCAUUGAGGCAUCAAAGAAAGGGAACCUAGUGCCUCUUUACCGAUGUAUCUUCUCCGAUCAUCUCACUCCGGUGUUGGCCUACCGCUGCCUUGUUCGAGAGGAUGACCGUGAAGCCCCCAGCUUUCUCUGCGAGUCUGUUGAGCAGGGUUCUCGUGGAACUAAUGUUGGUCGAUACAGCUUUGUUGGAGCUCAACCAGCAAUGGAGAUUGUGGCGAAGGAGAAUUUGGUGUCGGUCAUGGAUCACGAGGAAGGACACAGGACCGAAGAGAUUGUUGAUGAUCCCAUGAAAAUUCCGCAGAGAAUCACUGAAGGAUGGAGCCCACAGUGCCUUGAUGAGCUUCCUGACGUCUUUUGUGGCGGCUGGAUUGGUUAUUUUUCAUAUGACACUGUUCGUUACGUGGAGAAGAAGAAGUUACCAUUCUCCACUGCUCCAGGAGAUGACAGGGACCUUCCAGACGUCCACUUAGGACUCUACAAUAAUGUCAUAGUGUUUGAUCAUGUGGAGAAGAAAGCAUACGUGAUUCACUGGGUGCGCCUAGAUAGAUUCUCUUCUGUUGAAGAUGCCUAUCAAGAUGGGAAGAACGGACUGGAGCGAUUGCUAGCUAUGGUCCAUAAUGUAGAUAUCCCAAAGUUAUCAGCUGGAUCAGUGAAAUUACAUACCCGUCAGUUUGGGACGUCGUUAAAGACGUCAACAAUGACAAGUGAAGAAUACAAAAAAGCUGUAUUGCAGGCCAAAGAACAUAUCCUUGCAGGAGAUAUAUUUCAAAUCGUCUUGAGCCAGCGGUUUGAAAGACGUACAUUUGCUGACCCGUUUGAAGUCUAUCGAGCAUUAAGAAUUGUUAAUCCAAGUCCAUAUAUGACUUACUUACAAGCACGGGGAUGCAUUCUUGUAUCAUCGAGUCCUGAAAUUCUUACGCGCGUUAAAAGGAGAGAGAUUACCAACCGACCACUUGCUGGAACUGUUAGAAGAGGAAGGACAGAGAAAGAGGAUAAGAUUCUGGAGAAGGAAUUAUUGAGUGACGAAAAACAGUGUGCAGAACACAUUAUGCUCGUAGAUUUGGGUCGUAAUGAUGUGGGAAAGGUUUCAACUCCUGGUUCUGUAAAGGUGGAGAAGCUCAUGAACAUUGAAAGAUAUUCCCAUGUGAUGCACAUCAGUUCCUCGGUGACUGGAAAGUUGUUUGAUCAUCUCACUUGCUGGGAUGCUCUGCGUGCUGCAUUACCCGUGGGAACAGUAAGCGGAGCUCCAAAGGUAAAAGCAAUGGAAUUAAUCGACCAAUUGGAAGCAACACGUCGAGGACCUUACAGUGGUGGAUUUGGAGGAGUAUCAUUUUCGGGGGACAUGGACAUUGCCAUAGCUCUGAGGACCAUUGUAUUUCCAACUCGAACCCGUUAUGAUACAAUGUACUCUUACAAGGAUAUAAAUCGGCGCCAGGAAUGGGUGGCUCAUCUCCAAGCUGGAGCGGGAAUCGUUGCUGACAGCAAUCCAGAUGAUGAGCAGAGAGAAUGUGAGAACAAGGCUGCUGCUCUCGCUCGCGCUAUUGAUCUUGCUGAGUCUACUUUUGUUGAGAAAGAAUAAGCUGGCCUCCCUUGUACUGAUGCAUGUUUUCUAGGCAGUCAUGUGACAAACUAUACAUGUUUCUUUGAAAGAUAAUAUUUGUAAUAGAGUAGAUCAAGGUUGAAGAUCAAGAGCCAGGAUGUGACUUAUUUGUUCAUUAUGGUUAUUGUCGGUUAGCAAAAUUAGCAACCAUGAUAAUAAAUUGUUGAAGAAGUUAGAAGAGUUGAAGCUUUUUUUCGAUA